GCACCAUUAUAACCCUGAGAGUAUAAUGCAUGCAGAGAAGAGCACUUGACUCUUAGGUGGAAACCAUUAAGAAAUUGCCAAAGUUGGGUGGCGCCUGUGGCUCAGUAGAUAGGGCACCUGCCCCACAUACCGAGGGUGGUGGGUUCGAACCCGGCCCCGGCCAAACUGCAACAAAAAACAGCCAGGCGUUGUGGCCAGCACCUGUAGUCCCAGCUACUCGCCAGGCUGAGGCAAGAGAAUCGCCUAAGCCCAAGAGUUGGAGAUUACUGUGAGGUGUAAUGCUACAGCACUCUACCGAGGGCAAUAAAGUGAGACUCCGUCUCAAAAGAAAAAAGAAAUUGCCAAAGUUGUACUGUUUUGACCUACAAGAACGCCUUGGUUCAAUCUGAGUUUAAAGUGGUGGAAGUGCUGCGGCAGGCAGGAUUUAGCGGGGAUGGGUGGGGCCUACGGAGGGUGGCGCGGUUUCGAGCUGCGCAGUCCCUCCCGGACCCCGGGUGGGGGUGGGUGGGGCUUGCCGUCAAAGCCCUGCCCCAUAUAGCCCCGCCCCUGUGCGAGGGAGGGGCCAGCCGCCGCCCUGCAGCGGAGGCCGCGCUGCCGGCACGCUGGGUAGGAGCAGGCUUCUGGCUGCGGCCCGAAACGGGUGCUCUGCGACCUCUCCCGCUGGCUGGCCUGCGGUAGCUCCAGAUCCGGUCCCGGCCAGCGCCUCGCACCCUGAAACCCCGACCCUCACUCUAGCUUGGUAGGAGACCAGGCAGUGAAUCUGGAGACAGCAAACUUGAGACAACCGGAGGCUGAGGGCACAGCGCAGCCCGGCCAUGGCUCCCAUUUUUGUGAGACGCAGCAGCCGAAUUUGAGCUCAGAGAGAGGUAUGGUUAUCUCCUGGGGACAGAGAGGCUUCAUUUUGCCGCCUUGGUAACUUGUUGCUUUUGAGGAGUGAGUGCAUGGGCGGAGCCUACCCCCAGACACGAAUUUGAGUCUUCUGCGCCUGGCAGGGGUUUCCAGGAAGGGCCUGUUAGCGGCUUCUUUGCUUCUUGGAGGAAAUGCAGUGCACCGGCUGACUUCUCAUGACGGGAAAGCCUCCCCUGCCUUUUCUGUACUCCUGGAGGGGACUCCUGCUCACUUGUUUACCAGCGGCUAGGACAAGGAAGAGAAAAGAAAUGAGCCGUCAGACUGCCACAGCAUUACCUACCGGUACCUCCAAGUGUCCACCAUCCCAGAGGGUGCCUGCCCUGACCGGCACAACUGCGUCCAACAAUGACUUGGCCAGUCUGUUUGAGUGCCCGGUCUGCUUUGACUAUGUGCUGCCACCCAUUCUCCAGUGCCAGAGUGGCCAUCUUGUUUGUAGCAACUGUCGCCCAAAGCUCACAUGUUGUCCAACUUGCCGGGGCCCAUUGGGAUCCAUUCGCAACUUGGCUAUGGAAAAAGUGGCCAAUUCAGUACUUUUUCCUUGUAAAUAUGCCUCUUCUGGAUGUGAAAUAACUCUGCCACACACAGAAAAAGCAGACCACGAAGAGCUCUGUGAGUUUAGGCCUUACUCCUGUCCGUGCCCGGGUGCUUCCUGUAAAUGGCAAGGCUCUCUGGAUGCCGUCAUGCCCCAUCUGAUGCACCAGCACAAGUCCAUCACCACCCUGCAGGGGGAGGACAUAGUUUUCCUUGCUACAGACAUUAAUCUUCCUGGUGCUGUUGACUGGGUGAUGAUGCAGUCCUGUUUUGGCUUUCACUUCAUGUUAGUCCUGGAGAAACAGGAAAAAUACGAUGGUCACCAGCAGUUCUUCGCGAUUGUACAGCUGAUAGGAACACGCAAGCAAGCGGAAAAUUUUGCUUACCGACUUGAGCUAAAUGGGCAUAGACGGCGAUUGACUUGGGAAGCAACUCCUCGGUCCAUUCAUGAGGGAAUUGCAACAGCCAUUAUGAAUAGUGACUGCCUAGUCUUUGACACCAGCAUUGCACAGCUUUUUGCAGAAAAUGGCAAUUUAGGCAUCAAUGUAACUAUUUCCAUGUGUUGAAAUGGCAAUCAGACAUUUUCUGGCCAGUGUUUAGAACUGUUGCAUUCAAUUUCACAGGAAAUAAGGCACCCAUCUGCCUGCCAGCCUGAAACUCUUUUGGUGGGUGGAAGGUAGAUACAUGAAGGUAAAUAAAAGAAAGGCUGUUAAAUACAGGAAGCAGUUGCAUGUAGUAACACUAAUAUAUUUAAAAAUAAGUCAACAGUAAACCACUGAAAAAUAUAUAUAUAUAUACACCCAAGAUGGGCAUCUUUUGUAUUAAGAAAGGAAGCAUUGUAAAAUAAUUCUGAGUUUUGUGUUUGUUGUAGAUUGAUUGUAACGCUGAAAAUUACUGGGUUUUUGUGUGUGUGUGUGUGUUUGAGCGCGUGUGUGUGAGCGUGCUUGAGCACAUGUGUGUGAGUGAUCGAAUGUGUGUGUGAGCAAACAUGUAUGUGCGAGCGUGUGCGCGUUUUCUUCUCUUGAACUGACAAGCCAUCUUGCGUGGUCUUGGGCCACUGCUUUUCCCCUUUGUGAGUCAUUACAUAGUGCUGCUUUUUGUGUGUGUGUGUGUUUAUUUGCUAAUUUUUAUUCUAGUUUUUCAUUAAAUAAAUUUGACUUUCUUUUCUGUAAUUCAGGUUUUUCCUCGCCCUUUUUUGUACCAUUUUAAAGUUAAAGCAUCCUUUGACAUGCAUAAUUGUUUAUGGUAAAGUUCAUACUGUGUUCCGUACAUAUUUUCUGUCCCACAUUAAUCAGUUCAUUAGAAUUAUUUUAAAUUCAGUUAUUUGGUGAAGUUCCAGAAGAGAAAGGUGACAUCAGAAAAAUUAUCAAAAGCUUAUUUAAAGCAACUCUAAGAUGGUCUCCCUCUUUCUCUUUUUCUCCCUUUCUGUUUUACAGUUGAGUCAUAUCUUCAAACAAUCUUUGCAAAGUUAAGAAAUAAAUUGAUUUUUAAAUAUUGAAAAAAAAUCAGGCCUUUUUUCUUUUUUUCAAAUACCUUGAACAAAUCACAUGUUUAAAAUUUGUUCUUAUUUAUUGGUUUUGCAAAAGAAGGCAUCGUCAUGCACAGUAUUGUAAUAAAAAGCAAAUUAUUUGUUUAAAAAAAGGCAGUUUGCAAAAAAGGUAUGUUUUUGGUCUUUUAUAAUUCUCAUUAAAAAGAUACCUGGCAAAUUAAAAGAAUCAACGUGUUUGCAUUAGCUCUGAGGUUGAAACUCAAAGUUAUUUUCCUAUUCCAUGCUGUACUCUAUGUAGUGGCAAGCCGUGUGUUGUCAGUUGCAGAGGUCCUCAAACUUUUUAAAUUUUUUAAACGGGGCCAGUUCACUGUCCGUUGGAGGCUGGACUAUAGUUUAAAAGAAAAAACUAUGAACAAAUUCUUAUGCACACUGCACAUAUCUUAUUUUGAAGUAAAAAAACAAAAUGGGAACAAAUACAAUCACACCGUCUCAUGUCUCCCACAGGCUGUAGUUUGAGGACCCCUGGUCACUGUGGUGGUUUUAUUACAAAGCACAGCACCAGCCUGAGUUUAUCACUUCUGGGCUAUGCAGUCUUGUUUUUCCUCUUUCCAGCAUUUCGAUUCUUAUGACUCUGUGAAGAGAAUGACCAAUUAAAAUGCUGACCACUUCCCCUCCCCACUCUGCCCGUUUAAAAAAAAAAAAACCCACAAAAAUGCAUUAUUUAGUAUUUCAUUGCUCUGUGCCUUGGCUCUGCAGCCAGAUUUCCUUGGAAUCCAGGUUUCUAAGAUGUGGAAGGAGAUGGCUACCUCAAAAGGGUAAACAGGGCACAAGUCACCCAGAACAGUGCUUUGUACAUAGCGUCCAGCAAACUCCAGAUGUUAGUGCCACACAGCUAAACUGUUGUAAUUACUUUGAGGCACAUGCCAAGGCUCU